AUGCCGCAAGUAGCGCUGAGUCCGGAGAUUUGCCGGAUGCUGGAGCAAGCUCCCGGGCUGACAUCCAGAAAUGCCCCCAAUGAAGCCGAAAAGGCAAAGCCAGAGGCGGACGCGGCCUCGCCGCCGGAAGUGCCGGAGUCCUCGCCGAGGCCGAAGUCUGAAUCUAAGCCGAAGCGAAAUCGACAGGUGUCCAACACGGAUGAAGACCUGGACGUGUGGAUUCACAGCCAGUAUUAUGCAAGCGGAGGUCAGAAAAAGAAAGCUUUGCAAGCUUUGUCUAGACACCAGACCGGGACGAGCGUUCAUCAAGUGCCUGAGGUUCGCAAGAUCAACUCUUGCACCAGCCGCUUGGGAGUGAAGCUGGAAUAUUUCCGGGAUCACACCGACGAGGUGGAGUCAUUGAUGAGAGUUGUAGAGGAGGGCUUCAUGUAUCAAGAGACCUCGUGCGGCGAGCCGCUGGUGAAUGUCGCGAAGCUACGAUCUCGUGGGCUGAAAGUGAAGGAGACAGAUCUGGAGAGGGGAGGCCGUCCCCGGAGCCAAGCUUCCGGAAGGACCUCGCCGACGCGAGCCUGCACUCCCAGAGACGUGAGAACUCCCCCGCCAUGCAGCGCGGGCCGGCUCCGCGAAGUGGUCCUGCGAGCCCGGGACGCAGAACUCGAGAGACGAGUCGACCAGGCCCUCCGCAUACGCUCGCGGCAGACGCGGCAUCUCAGGGCCCAAAGGGAGCGGCCUUGGCUCUCUUUCCUCCUCGUCGCUUUGAGUUGCAAGCUCUUGCAAAAGCUGGUCACGGUCCAUCGUCAGAUUCGCCACGCAGUCUGCGGCGUCGAGGACAAUGGUAGAGACAGCAUCCAUGCGAUCAGGGUGUACCGAGACGACUUCAAGCAAAUCUGUUUGGAGCAGGGGGAGGACUUGAGCUUGUUCACAAAACGGCAUUUUGAAGCUGUGCAGACUCAUGUAACCCACCUCUGUGACUUGGAGUUGCGGCGGCGACGGAGUCUGUCGAUCUGGACAGCCUGGAAAAGAACGCUGCGACUUCUCGUUGUGUACAUACGUCUCCGACGUCCGCUGCGGAAAGCCGCUGCGGCAGAGGCACUGAAGAGCUUCAUUGGCGCAUCCGCCCGUGCGUACUUGCUGCGGCGUGCUGUGAAGCACUUUGUGCGCUCGGUCCUGCUUGUGCAGAAGGCCAUGCGACAUCAAGCUCGCAUCUUUAAGACGAUACAAAACUACAUCUUGAAGCCGUACUUGUGGUGUGCAGAGACUCUAGCACUUUGCGACACCUGCCGCGUACGCAAGGCUGAGGCCAGCGCACGAAUCGAGGCCUUUUUGGAGGAGGCCGAUGUGGAACGCUGGAAGGACGAAGUGAAGCAGAUGAUGCUGCAGAGAACCCGGGCAUGGCGUGAAGACUACGCCAAUGCACCUUUACCUGGGCGAGCGACUCUCCCGGAAGACGAUUCCAUAAUUCUGCCCGCCCAAUCAGAAGUUCGACAACAGAUGACCCUUGCAGCGGCGACGCUUGUUGAUUCCCGAGCGUCGAAGCGUCUCAGAAAUUCUGACCGUGACCGCGCAGCUCAGAGCGAUGUCAUGAGCCGGACACCGAGGAAGACACUGGCCUUCAGCAAGCAUUUCGAUGCCAUGGAUCGCUUGCGACUGGACUCCAGAGAGCGAGAUGAAAUUGCGCGGAAAGUGCUUCUGCGGAUCAUCGACACCUGGUGGAAUUCUAUGUGCUUCUAUGGGGUGCAAGCAGAGAGAUCGAAGAACGAUUGGAUCAGUUGGCGUAAGGAGGUACUGCGACAUGGCUCACUGGACUCGCGGGCACCCGACCCACCUGACGUAUUGGUCUGUCCUGAGAUUUCCUUCUCUCAAGCUUACAUCUGGUUGCAGAAAGAGAUGUUGGAAGAAAGUGAAAUGAAGUCUCACCGAAACCACCGAUUGUGCGUGGCCGACUUUCGCUGCGAAGCAGCCGUUGUGCUGCAGAUGCCAAAGAGUGGCAUGGCAGUGACUGCGCCUGUCGGCCACAUCGUCCUCUCGGAUGUUGAUGGGUUUGAAAGAGACGGCAAACCCACAGGAACAUUCAGCGCCUCUGCGGCGAAUGCCAAAGGCGAUCACACUGGAUCAAGUAUGUUUGGCAGCUGGCUACGUGACAACUGCAUCAUUGCUUGGGGCUUGUUUUAUACCGACCCAGAGGGGCCGGGCUCGGAUGACGCGGUCGCCUGCCUCACCUGCAUCGCGCGGUUCCUGUUGAAAUACCAAAGCCACAAAAUGGAGAUGGUUAUCAACGGUUUGAAGGAUGUCAAGGGGGACGAGAAGACCUGGAUGGACCGACCUCAUAUCCGUUUCAUUGGCGAGACCGGCCUCGAAGAUCCCAAGUGGUACAACCAUAAGCAGAACGAUGCUUUGGGCUACUUCAUGUGGGCUCGAACCCAGCUGGCCUGGCACAAGAAAUUGCCUUUCGAUGGAGAGCACCUCAAACUCAUGGGACAGCUCUUCGACUACCUGCGGGCGAUUGAGUGCUGGGAAGAUCUAGAUGGAGGCCAUUGGGAGGAGCACUCUGCAGUGCAUGCAUCCUCCGUUGGGCCUCCGCUGGCAGCCGUGAAACUCUUCAAGAAGGUAGCUGCCAGGGAUGGUUUCUUGCCGCCAUGCAAGAGCGACACCUUGGAUGUCUUGGAAUCGAACCUCCAGUCGGCGCUGGGAAAGAUUUUGCCGAAUGAGAUCAUUUUCCCCACGGACUUGGCGAGAGAUUCCGAUUCUGCGACGGUGUUCCUGGCAUAUCCUUUGGAGGUGGUUGAUGACGCAUCAGCACUCCAAAUCAUGGAUCGACUGAAGAAGGUCAUGGGCCACAUCGGUAUGUGCCGCUACCGGAAGGAUAGCUACUGGUGCAAGGACUACAAGGAGAAGGUCGGUGAUGACCCGACAAAGCAUUUCACGGACGAGGAGCUGAAAGAGAGAGACAGGCUGCUGAAGGAAGGCGAGGAAGCCCAGUGGUGCUUAUUCGAUCCGAUGGUUAGCGCCUUUUACGGCCGCAUGUACCAGAAGACGAAGGACUCCAAAUACUUGAGUCUGCAGCAGCUUUUCCUUGCAAGGUCGCUCGCGGCGAUAACUGGAGAUUCUUGCCCGUACGGCCCAUGGCACUGUGCAGAGGCGUACUAUCUGGAGAAGGACACGUGGGUCCCGAAUGAUGACACGCCGCUGGUUUGGACGCAGUGUCCCGGAUGGCAAAUUGUCCCACGAUUUCCCAAGUAG